AAGGCCAAAGAAUUCAAUACACUUCUGUAUCAAAUAAUGAUAGAAGAUAAAACAAAUGAAAUUUUAAAUAAUCCGAAACUGAAACUUCAUAUUGCGAUGAACCGUGAGGUGGUUUUUACAGCAUACGGCUUCUUUAACCUGGAUUAUUCUCUUGUUCAUUCAAUAAUUGCAUCAUCAACAACUUACUUAGUGAUCCUAUUACAAUUUAGUCAAGGACCAUCUUCGGACCCGAGAGAUGCUGUGAGUUUAGCAAACAUUGGAAACGCCACAACGGCUUUGCCUUCAUUUCUUACCACCGCGUGA